GCUUUGGGAAUGAGAUGUGUGUAUUAACAGAUAUCAGGCAUCGGAACAUUGUCAAACUUUAUGGGUUCUGCUCCCAUCCACGAUGCAUGUUUCUUGUUUAUGAGUACAUGGAAAAACAAAGCUUAGCAAAUUUCUUGGGCAAUGAAGCAGAGGUUGUGGAGUUGGAUUGGAUGAAAAGAGUAAAUGUCAUCAAAAGUGUGGCCAAUGCUCUGUCUUACUUGCAUGAUGAUUGUAUUCCACCAAUAAUUCAUCGGGAUAUUUCCAGCAAAAAUAUAUUGCUAGACUUGGAACUUGAGGCUCAUGAAUCUGAUUUUGGUAUUGCAAGACUAUUAAAGCCAAACUCAUCUAAUUGGACAUCAGUCAAAGGAACUCAUGGAUAUAUUGCUCCAGAGCUUGCCUACACCAUGGCUUUAACUAAUGAGUGUGAUGUAUUUAGUUUCGGAGAAGUGGCAUUGGAAAUAAUUAUGGGAAGGCAUCCAGGGGAGCUCAUCUCAUUUUUAACAUCACUAGUUGGCCAAAAGAUGCUAUUAAGGGACAUGUAGACCCACGUCUCACAUUUCCAUCAAAUCAAAAGAU